AUGUCCAUCACCGAGACCAAAUUCGAGACAGGUCUCGAGGAGGUCUCCUCCAUCGAGCAAAGCGAGGUGAAGGUGCUGAAUCUCACCAAGGCCAAUGUCAAGGCAAAUAUCGGCCCGUUGAGUUUGAUCGCGCUGGGCUUCAACAUCUGUAACAGCUGGGCCGGUGUGGCGGCAACAUUGCAGAUUGUCAUUCUGCAAGGCGGGCCGGUGACCCUCCUCUAUGGCAUGUUCAUCAGCACCACCGCUGCACUGAGCCUGGCUCUCACCUUGGCCGAGUUGGCCAGUGUCUAUCCUACGGCCGGUGGGCAAUAUCACUUCGUCUCCAUUCUUGCUCCGGAGAGGACGGCUCUGCUUCUAUCCUACAUCUGUGGAAUCUUCGCCGUCUUUUCCUGGGUGGCCAUCGGUGCUGCAGUUUUGAUGGUUCCGGCCGAACAGAUCGUUGCCAUGGUCGCCGCGUAUAACCCAGGCUACGUGCCCAAGGCCUGGCACGAAUUUCUCAUCUACCAAGUCCUGGCCCUGUUUGUGCUAGUGAUCAAUAUCUUUGUCCUCAAGAGGACGCCGCGGCUCCACGAUGUCGGAUUUGCUCUCACCCUCACGCUGUUCGUGACCACCUCCAUCACACUCCUCGCUCGUUCCUCUCCCAAGGCACCCUCGGAGUUCGUCUGGGGCACCUUCAUCAAUGAGACGGGCUGGCCGGACGGGCUCUGUUUCCUCACUGGUCUCCUCACGACGGCUUUCAUGUUUGCGGGCAUCGACUCCACGCUCCACCUCGCCGAAGAGUGCCAGAAUCCGAGAAAGGUGGUUCCUCGCGCCACAAUGUUGGCGGUGACCAUCGGCUUUCUUACCGCGUUCCCCUUCUCGAUCAUUCUUUUGUACUCGAUCACGGAUAUCGAUGCCAUUUUGGAGAUCUCGGGCUACAUCACAUUUGAAGUGUACGCCCAAGGCAUGCGGAGCGAGACGGCAGCUGCGAUUUUCACGGCCGUGGGCGUGGUUUUGAGCUGGUUUGUGCUGAAUGCGAUCGUCCAGACGUCGAGUCGCAUCACCUGGUCCUUUGCACGCGACAACGGGUUGUUGUUUUCACAAUACUUGACGACCAUCCACCCAAAGUUGGAGGUGCCGGUCAAUGCCUUGCUCCUGAACUGGGUCAUCUUGGUGAUUUGUGGCUGUAUCUUUGUGGCAUCCCAAACCGCUUUCAAUGCCAUCCUCUCCUCCGCGUUUGUCCUCCAGCAGAUCUCUUUUAUUCCUCCGGCGGCCCUCCUGCUGUAUCGACGACGGUCGCCCGAGUUUUUGCCUCCGAAUCGAGCCUUCCGCCUUCCCCCGGUGAUCGGCUGGACCGCCAACAUCCUCGUCGUCGUGUUUGGACUCCUGUUCAUCGGAGUCUUUUGCAUCCCGCCGUUCAGGCCUGUCACAGCCAGCAACAUGAUUCCGUGA